AUGAGCUUGGCUGUUGGGUACUCUGACUCUGACAGCGACAGCGGCGACGCCGAACCGGUGCCUUCACCGGCGGUGCUACCGCCACUACCACCGCCGCCGCCACCGCCGGCGGACAUCAUGCACAAGUUCUCCAAGGUGCCUCUGCAGGUGACUAGGAAGCGGAUGGCCAGCGGCAGUGUCAUCCGUAGCGACAGCAGCAGCAAGGAGACAACGUUCGUGUACUUGCCUGUUACGCCCGACGCCGGGCUUUUGGCCCGGAUCACUGCCAUCCUCGACGGCGUUAGUUCGUCGCUGGACGGCCACACUGAGCAGCACUUGCCGCUGCUUAACCUCAGCGUGAACGAGCUCACCGGCGGCGCCAGCGUCCUCCAUGUCUCGCUGUGCCACAACAUGACCCUCUCUCGGCCAGACCUGGACGCCUUCAUCGAGCACCACGUGGCAGACAUGAGCACGAACUACUCUCCGAACGACCCAUUGUACACGCCCCCAGAGACCGGCGUGGACCUAAGCCAACUCAGUCCGCAGGAACUCAAACUCUACAAGAUGUACGGGCGGUUGCCGAAGACGAACGACAUUCUCCGCGGGAAGUUGAAGGACCGCAAGUUCUUUGACUCGGGUGACUACGCGAUGUCGAAGGCCAAGGGAAGGGCUCCGGACACAGAGCAGGUGGGUGUGUUGAACCCGUUGAAGACGCCCGAGAUCGAGAACGUGGCCAGAAUCAACAGGAACUCCGUUGCUGGCAGCGUGUCGGGGUCGGCAAGCUUGUCGAAGAAGUCGAAGCUCGAGGACGAUAUGACGGACGAGAAUUAG